AUGCAAGACUUUUCUCGGUCUAACAAAGCGCCUCGCUAUCAACGUAGCACAACUCGACCAAUUCCGUCAUCAGAGAGUGAAUCCAUUGGAAGAAUGACGCCCAGUCAGCACUCUUUACGUUCGGAAGAAUCUCAGGUCCAAUCGAGCACAUAUUAUGGCACUGAGGGAACUGGAGACCGAACCUCAUCGUAUUCAAAUGGAUCCGAAAGCACCGAGAAGUUGAUAGGUCCAAGUCUGGAUGAAAUCUACUCC